AUGGACGGGCCGGGGGACUCGAACGACGACCACGCCCGAGCAGCCAGAAGGUUCGCCACGCUUGGGGGAUGGCGAGAGGCCCAAGACGUGCUGCCGAGCGCCGCCGGAUCGACCUACGACUCGGAAUGGCCGGUUCACGACGAGAAGCCGCACCCAUCGAGGCAGGCCAAGGCGCAACUGAAGCCGGCUGAUGGAUUUGGCACGGGUGAAAAGACCGGUCCUGGUCAAGACGGGCUGGGCCCAGACGAACAGCCGGAUUCGACGGCUACCAGGGACGAGCGCGCCGUGCAGGAGGACGAACUCGAGGUCCUGUCCGAGCUUGGGAGCCACUUGCUGAACGACGACGACGCUCCAUUUGGCGUCCUCUCAAGCCGCCAAAAGUGGUUCAUCAUCGUCACCAUCGGCGUUGCCGGCCUCUGCUCCGGCUUGUCGCCCAACGUAUACUUGCCAGCACUGUCUGCCAUCGCCAAGGACUUGAAAGUGAGCCUCGGCGACGUUUCGUCGACCACCACGUCGUAUCUUGUUGUCCAGAGCAUCUCGCCCUUGCUCUGGGGCUGUCUCUCCGAUACCUUGGGUCGUCGGCCGAUAUACAUUUACUCCUUGUCGAUUAACAUUGUCGCAAAUAUCGUGCUAAGUCUGUCGCCCAACUACCCCGUGCUGCUAGUCUUCAGAGGCGUGCAGGCGGCCGGAAGCGCAUCAACGACGAGCAUUGGAAGUGGCGUUAUUCAAGACAUUGCCUCCCCGGGCGAGAGGGGUGCGUUUCUCGGCUCGUACCAGGCGAUCCGCAACUUCAGCAUUGCCGUCGGCCCCGUCAUUGGGGGCCUGUUGACCGACUUUCUCGGGUACCGCUCCGUCUUUGUCUUCCUGCUCAUCGUGUCCGUCUUUGUCCUGGCCACAAUCGUCACGUUGCUCCCAGAGACGCUUCGAAUCAUUUCUGGCAACGGCUCAUUAUGGCUCUCCGGCAUCCACCAACCUCUGAUACGUCGCCUUGUCCAGAACAAAGGCGAAACGGAGGAGCCUGGACACGGGGGCCCUACGCCAAAAGUGACGGUGGCGACAUUUCUCAAACCGCUCGCACUCGUCGGCGAAAAGGACGUCCUGAUCAGCCUCGUCCUCGGCGGAACCGUCUACACGGUUUGGAGCAUGGUUGUCGCCAGCACAACCGGCCUAUUCAGAGACCUCUUUCACCUGAACGACCUGCUUCUCGGUCUAGCGUUGCUUCCCAACGGCUUCGGCGCCAUCGUGGGCUCCGCCGCGGCCGGAAAGCUCAUGACGAGGGACUUUGCCAGAUGCGAAAGAAUCUACCUGGAGGCGAACCCAUCGGCGGCGUCUCCAUCGCGAAACGACAAGGACCUCCCGCCAAACUUCCCGAUUGAGCACGUUCGGCUUCGCCACGUGCCGUGGAUAUCGGCCCUGUUCACCACGGCCACGGCGCUGUACGGAUUGACGGUGCUUCCAGCCGCGCAGCUCUCCAUUGUCGCUCGGCCGGGAUGGAUCACGGCGCCGCUUGUUCUGCAGUUCCUCAUCGCCGCCACGUCGAAUGCCAUUUUUGCAACCAACGCGACUCUGGUUGCGGAUCUGUGUCCGGACCUGGGCGCAGGCGCCACGGCGAUUGGCAACUUGGUGCACUGCGCAAUGGGAGCCCUCGGGAUUGCCUUGGUAGAUUCGAUGCCGGGCGCCUUGGGGGGCGCGGCGAUGUUCUUGGGCCUGGGCCUUCUCACCGUGGGAGUAGGGGCGCUGGUGUAUGUAGAGUUGAUGUGGGGGAUGCAGUGGAGGAAUCAACGGCUGAGGAGGACUCGCUCUGAGCCAUGA